AUGGCGCGAAAGAAACAGAUCCAUUCAUUUGACAGCAGUUCUGACAUGUCGACAUCAUCUUCUUGUAACAAUAGCGUUGCCACUCAAACCAGCCACAGCAGUAGCCAAGGAAACAGCGACGAAGGCAUCCCGAUUGCGAAGAAAAAGAAAUCAGGUCAAUGUUCGUGCGAGACCAAAGUGGACCCGCAAGAUGAUGUGUCCAUUCUAUCCAAUCGUCAAACACUUUUGGCAUGCAUCAUGUUCUUUGUAGUGGGGGUGUACAGUGGUGUUGCCUAUGUGGGCUGGGUCCAACUCUCAUAUGGGUUUGGCGUGGAUCCGGAACUGGAAGAACGGUACUUGCCGUACGGUCCAUCCACUGUGAGAGCUCGGGAUGAUGCUGUGGCUGCACCCUUGAUUACAUCGCCAACAGCCACAGCUACAACCAAAAAGAGAAUUCAACUCAAUCGAGACAAUCGAAAACUGCAAAAGCCAAUGGUCUCCACUCUGUUUGGAAUUGAGUAUGGCAACGUCGUUGGUUCUACGGCUGCCGAUAGUACUGCUUCAGUAGAUGAUGAUGAUGAUGAUGAUGCAGGAGAUGAAACAAAAACAUCGUCCUUUCAGAUCUCUUCCGACUGGUAUCGAUUGGCGUCCACUUCGGCUGUGUCUUUGACUCCAAAGCAAGUCUCCAUGAUUCAAGGACAUUACCGCCAAGAGCCACGCAACCAUGCCCAAUCUCGUUCAACGGGCCAAACAAACAAGCCAAAGUUUCCAUUUCGGUUGUGUGGAGACGGUGGAUGUCCUCCCGAACGGGCUAUUGCGCAUACUCUGGAAUUCAGAGAAAACUACAAGCCAUGGUUGGCUCCACCUACUCUGCUGGAAGAAAAUGUCAAGGGAUACAGCUAUCAUCGGGGAUUCAGUCCAGCAGCACAGGCAGAAAAGCAUGCCAUAGUAUGGCUUCGAUUGGGCCAUUACGUGAAAAAUGAUCUGACGUUCUUUCGAGGCAUUAUUCAUGCAGCCGACCGAGCCACUGGAGAGUCCUUGGUGGAAACCGGAGGUUCAACUGGCAAAUUCAAUGCCAUCAUUGAUUGUGGCGGAUUUUCUCUCGCCGGAGCUCCAACCAUUGCGUCACUGAAGCAAUUUGUGACCAUGCUACAAGAUCACUAUCCAAACCGGUUGGGUAUGAUCUAUUUGGUCAACCUCUCUCGACCAGGCCAAAUCAUGCUUUCUAUUAUUCUACGAAUCAUCACAAAAGAGGUGCGAGACAAGAUCAAAGUCUUGCCUAAUCACAAUCCUGCCAAGAGUCUGGCCAUUUUGAAGACAGCAAUCGAAGAACGCUACAUCCCGGACUGGCUCGGGGGAACUGACACCUUCCAGUUCAGUGUUGAAGAGUACUACCCGCCUCAUCUCAGGUGCACCGAAGAUGAAGCUCGGGAAUUCUUGACCACCAUGCCUUAUCAUGCCAAGUAG